GUGGUCUCGGUGGUACGGGUAAGUUGCGCCUGAGCGUACAGUGCGCGCGCACUUCGCCAUGCAAACACUCUCGACACAUGGCGCGUCGCCUGGCGCUGCUCGCGCUCCUGGCGUACUUCGGGACCGCGUUCAACACGCCUCUGCGAUCUAUCGAUAUUUCUAAUUCUGAAUCAGCUGACCCGUUUGCCUUUUGGGACGAGUACGCGGACUCUCCCGAAGCGACUCAGUCGCCGUGGCCAAUUCCUAAAGUGAUCAUAAGGAGGAAAGUUCCAAGCACUAAUAUUACUAUGAAAGACAGACAAAGUGACCAAAAAAGUAAAAUCAUUAAAACCACAAUUAACAUUGAAAGCCAUACUAAUUUUAUUGUGACAAAACGACCACCAAGGUUUAGUACUUUAAAAAAUUCGAUAAUACGCCAUCCCGUGAAGAAAGUGGUAAUUAACGAUGAAGACGCAUGGGUAAAUAUUGAAGUGUCCACAACAAAGACAACUAGAAAGCCAAAUAUAACACGUAAGGCUAAUAGGAGACGAACAACCCGUCGGCCCACAACGACUACGCGCAACCCUCCAAGAUCAACUCGACGCGCGCAAACCGUGCCUACACAAAAGGUAACGACAAAAAAAUAUAAAGACAAGUCAAAAGGCACAAAAACUCCCCAAAAGAAAGUGCACUGCCCUUCAAAACAAGCAGGGUGGAUGUCCAGUUUUCUUCAAGAUAAUAAAUACAAGAAGCCAUCAAAAAAACAAGUGAAAUCAGGUUGGUUUGGAGGAAUUUUUACAAAAAUUUAUAAUUGGAUUGUGGAUUCAAAGUCAUCGUGGUUCAAUGGUGGUUGGUUUCAUGAAUCUGAACUUAAAUCUCCCACAACUACCACCACACCGAUACCUCCAUCAACAUCCACCAGUAAUUGGUUUCAAAUGUUCCUUGAUUCAGAAGAGAAUGACGAUACGACAACAACAAGUAGCGCUACUGCUAAAAAAGAUAAGAAGUCGUUAAAGAAAAACUAUAAGGGCUAUCAACUGCUCCGAGCUUAUCCCGAUCAGCAAUGGAAGGUUCGUUCACUGUUAGAUCUGCAAGAAGAGGGUGAAGGGUCCGGUAUAAUGUGGUGGACCCUGCCUUCGCUUAACGGUUCCACAGAUAUAUUGGUUCCACCGGACUUACUAGUCGAUGUAAAGGACCAUCUUAAAUCAGCUAAUUUAGAAUAUGAAAUUAUUAUCUGGGAUUUGCAGAAAGCUAUUUCCUAUGAAAAUCCCAAGCUCUCAAAAAAACAACGUCUUGAAUUGGUUCAAUUGAGAGGACAUCCAAUGACAUGGAGACGAUAUCAUCGAUAUGCUGAUAUGAUGAGAUAUUACGAAUACCUACAGCAUUUACAUUCUGAUAUUGUGGAACUUGUGCCUUUAGGUCUAUCCUCUGAAGGAUUGCCGUUGGUCGCUGUUAAGAUUUCAGCCCCUUCUAAUGAUACAAGGACAAAGACUUCGAAUACUAUAGGAUCACGGAAGAAAUGGAAAUUACGGACAUAUUCGAAACCGGCUAUUUGGAUUGAUGGUGGUCUGCACGCGCGGGAGUGGAUAGCUCCUGCCGUGGCAUCUUGGAUGAUCUAUAAUUUGGUGGAAGGCGAAAAAGGGCUAGGCCCAGAUUAUGAUAUGCUUCACCAGGCAGACUUUUAUAUCAUGCCUGUACUAAACCCCGACGGCUACGAACACUCGCACACCCAUGAUCGACUCUGGAGGAAAACAAGAUCACGCUUCUCCGACUCCGAUGAUUACUAUGUUGGAUGGUUCCCAUGGAACUGGGGUCGUACCGAAUGCAUCGGUGUAGACGCUGACCGCAAUUGGGACUAUCAUUGGGGCGAGAAAGACUCAUCGCAGGAUCCUUGCUCGGAUAACUACGCGGGUCCGCAUCCAUUUAGUGAACCAGAGACGAGAGCUGUCUCCGAAUUCUUAGCUGAACACAGAGGCCAAAUAAAGGUAUGAUUGUAAAUCUUAUUAUUAAUUAAAUAAAGCUAAACAUUAGAUUAUUAUAAAAUGAUAUAAAUACUGUUUAU